AAUUCAGUAUAGAAUUGUUGAUCGUUUAUUUCGUAUGUUGUUGCCCGCAGUCCAGUGAAAAUAUUUUACCUAAUAUUACUCAUAAAAUUGAUUUGGAAAUAUAAAAACCUCCGCAAAAUGGUGCCCACACCAAAUAGUUCUCUUAAAGAGGAAGACAUUGAAAUUCGAGUGAUCACACAGCAGGACUACAAGAGGGUGUUGGACUUCUUGUCGCUCUAUUUUUUCGGCAAUGAACCGUUGACGAACAGCAGCGAACCCAAGGAUGAGGUGGUGGUGGGCGUUGACUUUGUAAUGAGCAACAUAGAACAUGGCACCUGUCUGAUGGCCGUUCUGAAGGGGUCAGAUGAAAUAAUGGGUCUUACCAUGACCGGCCCAAAGGGCCCCGAUGAAGCUGAACACAUGCAAAAAGCAGCCGAUGCCGAGGGCAAUACCAAAUGGGGCAAGAUUUUACAAUUUCUGGCAAAGGUCGAAAGGGAUUCCAAUGUCUACGAACGCUACAAUGUCACCAAGGUGUUGCAUGUUCUGGCCACAUGUGUGGAUGUCAAAAUGCGGGGCAUGAACCUGGGAGCUCGCCUCUAUAAUGCCGCACUCGAAAUGGCCAAAUCGAUGGGCUACGAAUUGUUGACAGCCGACUGCACCAGCUUCUACUCGGCUCGCAUAAAAGAAAAUCUAGGCUGGGACCGCAUAAAUGUGGCUCCCUACAAAGAUUUCUAUGUGGACGGCAAGCAGGUGUUUUGCCCCGAUCCUCCACAUGAGAGCUGUACAACGUAUGCCAUUCGAAUUUGAAGAUAAGAUGUCACACAUCUUAUCUUGGGGAGUGUGAAGAAGUGAUUGUUUGUAGCCUUAAGCAUUACAAAUUGAUAAACAAAAUGAGCAAAGUGUUUUAGUGUGUGUGCUUUAGUAAUAAGCUUAAAAUUUUUAAAAAGUAAUACAUAAAUAAAAAAAUCAAAUUCUAUUGGUUAAGAA